CACGUGACAGGAGACGGCCUGCCUCAGCCGUCGUCGUGUCCGCUCAGAGAGAGAAUGGCGGAGGCGCCGCCUGUUUCAGGUACUUUAAGUGUCAGUACAGACACAGCUGAUUUCAUUCCACAUGAAAGACAAAAUCCUGAUCUAAAUUGCAGAAUUCAAAGAAGACUGGAAUCUAGUAGGAUUCACAAUAGAAGUAAUAAUUCACCACCUUUUUGUCAGCUUUCUAGUCAAGAUCCUCGCCAUGAAGAUUCAGCAAGUCAACACAAUUAUAAUAAUCAAGGAAACAAAUAUAAGGGCAAGCAAAGUUCUUUCCAGACUUCUAGUAAAACACCAAAGAACCAUGGCUUUCAAAACCAACAGUGGCAUAAAUGGAGAAGUGACAGGAAUUAUACCAGAGCCCAGGCAACCCAGGCUCCUCCUGACCAAGGAACAGGAAUAGAUGUCUCAGAAGUAGUGGCAGGGUCAGAAUGUGAAGCAAAUCCUAGUGAACCCAGCAAUGUAUACUCUUCAGAGAGUGAGAAAGAAGUAGUAGCUAGCAUGGACCACAAAGGUGCAAAGCCAAAGAAAAUGGCAUAUAUGACAUCUGUUUCAGGACGGGGCCCAAAAGCGAAGGGGGGGAAACCAAGGUAUGAAGGGACUAACAGAAUGACAUCUAAACAGAAAGAUAGAGCGUCUGAGAACAUGAGACCUGUAGGUGCUGUCCAAGCUAACUCUUCAGAAGCAGUCACAGAAAAAUUGGCCUUUGAUGUAUCUAGAAACAAUGAACAUAAAAGAUAUAUAAAUAGAAGUUAUCCCUGGGAGACUGUGUGGAAUAAGCCACAGCCAGAUAGAGAGAUUCAGAAGAUACAUGAGGGUCAGAAGAAUAAAAAUACAAGACUUAGAAAUUCUCUUUCCUAUGUCACAAAAGACAAAUUUAAUGAAAGACCUAAAAAAUCUGUUGGUGAUGAUCGGAACUUGGCAACCCCAAGCAAAUCUCAUAAAAGGUUUGAAAUGGAGAAAUGCUCUGGAAGACGACUCCAGAAAGAAUCUAAAGCAGCCUCUCAGCUCAUUUGGAACAAACAGAAUGAUGUGCCGAAAAAUAAAGAAACACAUACAGGGUCUUUAAUAGAACAGUUAACCACAGAGAAAUACGAAUGUAUGGUAUGUUGUGAAGUGGUUCGAGUGAUGGCACCAGUUUGGAGUUGUCAGAGCUGUUAUCAUGUAUUUCAUUUGAACUGCAUUAAGAAGUGGGCAAGGUCACCAGCUUCACAAGCAGAAGACGCUCAUAGAGGCUGGCGAUGUCCAGCUUGUCAAAAUGUUUCAGCACAAGUUCCUAGUACAUAUACCUGCUUUUGUGGUAAAGUAAAGAAUCCUGAAUGGAACAGAAAUGAAAUACCACAUAGUUGUGGUGAAGUUUGUAGAAGGAAACAACCUGGCCAGGACUGUCCACAUUCAUGUAACCUUCUUUGCCAUCCAGGACCUUGCCCAUCGUGCCCUGCCUUUAUGACUAAGACAUGUGAAUGUGGACGAACAAGUCAUUCAGUUCGCUGUGGUCAGUCCAACUCAAUUCACUGUUCUAAUGUGUGUGGCAAUAUUCUGAAUUGUGGUAAGCACAACUGUGCCGAACUUUGCCAUGCUGGUGAAUGCCAACCAUGCCAUCUUGUAGUACGUCAAGUGUGCUACUGUGGGGUCACUUCCCAAGAUGUAUUAUGUGGAACCAAUGUUGGACAGUCUGAUGAAUUUGGAGACUUCAGCUGUUUAAAGAUAUGUGGCAAGAAAUUGAAAUGUGGGAACCAUACAUGUUCACAAUUAUGCCACCCUCAGGCCUGCCAACUGUGUCCACGACUUCCACAAUUAGUGCAAACUUGCCCUUGUGGUCAGACUCCUCUUAGCAAAUUACUAGAACUUGGAUGUGUUGAACGUAAAACAUGUUUGGAUCCUAUACCAUCAUGUGGGAAAAUAUGUGGCAAACCUCUGUCGUGUGGCUCCUUUGAUUUCAUUCAUACAUGUGAAAACCUCUGCCAUGAAGGAGAAUGUGGACCUUGUUCUCGCACAUCCAUUAUUUCCUGCAGAUGUACUUUCAGAACAAAGGAGCUGCCAUGUGCUAGUCUCAAAACAGAAGCUGAUGCUACAUUUUUGUGUGACAAGCGAUGUAGUAAGAAACGAUUGUGUGGACGACACAAAUGUAAUGAAAUAUGCUGUGUGGAUAAAGAGCAUAGGUGUUCCUUGAUUUGUGGACGAAAACUGAACUGUGGCCUUCAUAGGUGUGAAGAGCCUUGUCACCGGGGAAACUGUCAGACAUGUUGGCAAACAAGUUUUGAUGAAUUAACAUGCUAUUGUGGAGAGUCAGUGAUUUUCCCUCCGGUUCCUUGUGGUACAAAGCCCCCAGAGUGUAAAAACACAUGUACAAGACUCCAUGAAUGUGAUCAUCCUGUAUUCCAUUCUUGUCAUAGUGAGGUGAAAUGCCCCCCUUGUACUUACCUUACUCAGAAGUGGUGCAUGGGCAAACAUGAGAUACGAUACAACAUUCCUUGUCAUCUAACUGAAAUCUCUUGUGGACUUCUCUGCAAUCAAAUGUUAAAAUGUGGAAUGCAUAAAUGUAAAAGGAUUUGUCACAAAGGAGAGUGUCUUAUAGAUGAGGUCUGCAAACAGCCUUGUACAAUUGCUAGAAUUGACUGUAAUCAUCCUUGUAUGGCUUUGUGCCAUCCAUCUUCACCUUGCCCUAUGAAUUCUUGUAAAGCAAAGGUGGAGCUACAGUGUGAAUGUGGAAGAAGAAAGGAGACCAUGGUUUGCUCUGAGGCAUCUAGUACCUAUCAGAGGAUCGCUGCUAUUUCUAUGGCCACUAAAAUAACUGACUUACAGCUUGGAGACUCAGUGGAGAUAAGCAAGUUGAUUACUAAAAAAGAAAUUCACCAAACCAGGCUUCAUUGUGAUGAAGAGUGUUUAGCCCUAGAAAGGAAAAGGCGACUAGCAGAGGCUCUUAAUAUCAGUGAAAGUUCUGACCCUUUUAAUGUACGGUCUGGAUCAAGAUACAGUGAUAGCCUGAAAGAAGAUGCUAGGAAGGACUUAAAAUUUGUCAGUGAUGUUGAAAAGGAAAUGAAAGCUCUUGUGGAAGCUGUUAAUAAGGGAAAAAAUGUUAAGAAAAGUCAUUGCUACCCUCCUAUGAAUAGAGACCAUCGAAAGCUCAUCUAUGAGUUGGCCCAGGUUUAUGGUAUUGAGAGUGUGAGUUAUGACAGUGAACCAAAGCGCAAUGUUGUUAUCACUGCAGUGAGGGGUAAGUCUCUUUGUCCUCCUACAAGUCUAACAGAUAUACUGGAGAGGGAAAUACAGUCAAGACCUCCACCACCAAUUCCUCAUCACAAACAACAGACAGAUAAGAAUCCUGGUAGCAGCGGAAUGCAGAAAGUAACAAAGGAACCAGUCAUUGACUACUUUGAUGUUCAAGAUUGAGGAAGAUAAUGUGUCAAUCAGAAUUCUUGACGUCUAAUUUAGAUGUAAUGAAAAGACUGAUUCAUUUACCAACUGACAUAAUCAUCAUGCAAGUUUUUAACUCCCAUGUAAUCAGUGUUUAGCACACUGUUUUGUACUGCUAGGUCCAGAGCAUGAGUGUGCGCAGAAAUUGACUAUUAUUCCUGCCUGUACAGAGAGUUUCAAAUGUAAUUCAAACUCUGCUUGUAUAUUUACUGAGUACCUUACUACUCCUCCCCCCUACUCCACCUUUUUUUAGCAACUUGCUGUACUUUAGUACUUGCAACUUAGUACUUGUACAGUUACAAUGCUAAUUAGAAAGGGGAAGGGAAAGUGUUGGUUUGGAUUUUUUUUUUAAGAAACCAGAACUGCCGUUUGAUUUUAUUACCUGUUGCAUUAUUGUACUUUUAAUGGAAUUGGAAUAUCUUAAUGACUUGUGAUGAAAAUGAGAUUUACGGUUUUCACUGGAACAUCAACUUUGCAAAUUGCAUUCAAUACUAACUCGAGUUUUCUUUAUGCUUAUUCAUCUGGAA